UAACAUGUUCGCUAAGUCUGUCAUAACUAGGGUAGUGAUUCAGCAAUCUGGUUUCCUUCAAACAUUCAGGUGGGACAGUCAAACGGGCCAAUGGAGCCGGUGCUGGUCUGAACCAUCUGACGAAUGUGGUAACUAUGGAACAUGUGGAUCAAAUGGUAAUUGUGACCCUUUUAACUUUGAUGACUUUAAGUGUUCUUGUUUACUUGGUUAUGAACCCAAAUUUCCACGUGAUUGGUAUCAGAAUAGAAGAUGGGACGGGAGGGUGUGUAAGGAAGAAAGGCUCGUCUGUUUGUGAGAAUGGAGAAGGGUUUAUCAAAGUUGUAAGCUUGAAAGUUCCUGAUACAUCUGUGGCAGUUGCUAAAAGUGGUUUGAGUUUGGAAGAAUGUGAGAAAGAAUGCUUGCAAAACUGUUCUUGUACUGCCUAUUCAAUUGCUGAUGUGAGGAAUGGUGGAAGUGGAUGUUUGGCAUGGCAUGGGGAUUUAAUAGACAUUCAAAAACUUAAUGAUCAAGGCCAAGAUUUAUUUCUACGCGUCGAUAAAAUUGAACUAGCCAAUUACUACAGAAAACGAAAAGGAGUUCUUGAUAAAAAGAGGUUGGCUGCAAUUCUUGUAGCUUCUAUAAUUGCAAUUGUCCUCCUCCUCUCCUGUGUGAACUACAUGUGGAAGAAAAAAAGGGAGGGAAAGUCCACCUCUCGCUAUGUUGGAAUCUGGUACAACAAUUUGCCGAUCCAAACUGUUGUUUGGGUUGCAAAUAGAGAUGCUCCCAUCAAUGACACUUCUGGAAUUCUAUCAAUCAACCAAAAUGGGAAUCUAGAACUCCACCACAACCUUAGCACCAUUCCAAUUUGGUCCACUAAUGUUUCAUUAACACUAUCACAAAGAAAUAUCACUAGUGCUGUUAUAGCAAAAUUAACAGACAAAGCAAACAUUGUUCUGAUGAUAAACAACACAAAAACUGUCAUUUGGGAAAGCUUUGAUCAUCCCACAGACACCUUCCUUCCAUAUCAAAGGUUUGGUUUUGAUAGAAAAACUAAUCAAAGUUGGCCCCUUCAAUCCUGGAAGACAGAAGAUGACCCUGGAAAAGGUGCAUUCACGGUGAAAUUCAGCAGCAUAGGUAUACCUCAGUUGUUUAUGUACAACCAUAACCUUCCAUGGUGGCGUGGUGGACAUUGGAACGGAGCACUAUUUGUAGGUAUACCUAAUAUGAAACGAGAUUUGCAAACUUUUAAUGCUUCUUUUGUGGAAGAAGAUAACUAUGUAGCACUUUCAUACGACAUGUUUGAUAAGUCUGUCAUAGCUAGGUUAGUUGUUCAGCAAUCUGGUUUCAUUCAAAUAUUCACUUGGAACAAUCAAAAGAGUCAAUGGAACAGGUUCUGGUCAGAACCAACAAACCAAUGUGAUAACUAUGGAACGUGUGGAUCAAACAGUAAUUGUGACCCUUUGAACUUUGAGAACUUUAAGUGCACGUGUUUACUUGGUUUUGAACCAAAAUUUCCAAGCGAUUGGUAUGAGAGUAGAGAUGGGUCGGGAGGGUGUGUAAGGAAGAAAGGUGCAUCUGUCUGUGGGAAUGGCGAAGGGUUUAUCAAAGUUGUAAGCUUGAAAGUUCCUGAUAUAUCUGGGGCAGUUACCAUAGAUGGUUUGAGUUUGGAUGAAUGUGAGAAAGAAUGCUUGAGAAACUGCUCCUGUACUUCCUAUGCAGUAGCCGAUGUGAGGAAUGGUGGUAGUGGAUGUUUGGCAUGGCAUGGGGAUUUAAUGGACAUUCAAAAACUUAGUGAUCAAGGCCAAGAUUUAUAUUUGCGCGUCGAUAAAGUUGAACUUGCUAAUUACAACAAAAAAAGCAAAGGAGUCCUUGAUAAAAAGAGGUUGGCUGUAAUUAUGGUAGUUUCAAUAGUUGCAAUCGUCAUUCUCCUCUCUUGUGUGAAUUACAUGUGGAAGAAAAAAAGAAAGGUGAUGCAGCAAUCAAAAGAAGAUUACUCUGCAGAAGAGAAUGAUGCUCAAAGCACCACACAUCCAAAUCUACCCUUUUUCAGCCUUAAAACGAUAAUGUCAGCUACAAGAUAUUGCAGUCAUCAGAAUAAGCUUGGGAAAGGUGGAUUUGGCUCUGUUUAUAAGGGUUGCUUGGUUAAUGGACAAGAGAUAGCAGUGAAAAGAUUGUCCAAAGAAUCAGGUCAAGGCAAAGUAGAGUUUAAAAAUGAAAUUACACUUUUAGUUAAGCUCCAGCACAGAAAUCUAGUAAGGUUGCUUGGUUGUUGCUUCGAAAAAGAAGAAAGAAUGCUAGUUUAUGAAUACCUACCAAACAAAAGCCUAGACUUCUUUAUAUUCGAUCAAAACCAAAGGUCAUCAUUGGAUUGGGGUAAGCGUUUUGAAAUUAUUUGUGGCAUUGCUCGAGGUGUUUUAUAUCUUCACCAAGAUUCAAGGCUGAAAAUAAUUCAUAGAGAUCUAAAAGCCAGCAAUGUUCUCCUUGAUGCUGAAAUGAAUCCCAAAAUCUCAGAUUUCGGUAUGGCUAGAAUAUUUGGAGAAGAUGAAAUCCAAGCAAGAACAAAAAGAGUGGUCGGAACAUAUGGAUACAUGUCACCCGAAUAUGCAAUGGAAGGACGAUAUUCAACAAAAUCUGAUGUCUUCAGUUAUGGGGUCUUACUACUGGAGAUUAUUGCUGGCAAGAGAAACACACAUUGUGAAAUUGGAAGAGACUCCCCAAAUUUAAUUGGACAUGUGUGGACUGUAUGGACAGAAGAAAGGGCCUUGGAUAUAGUUGAUGAAGCACUAAACCAGUCUUAUCCCCCUGCUAUAGUUCUGAGAUGCAUUCAAAUUGGACUCUUGUGUGUGCAAGAAAAUGCGAUGAAUAGACCAUCAAUGUUAGAAGUGGUUUUUAUGCUAGCCAAUGACACGCCUCUUUGCGCACCUCAAAAACCAGCAUUUUUAUUCAACGACGACAAAGAUUUGCAAGAGUCAUCAACGUCAGGAGGAGGAUCUUCAAUAAAUGAAGUAACUGAAACUACCAUCAUCGCUCGCUAAAAGCUACAUUAAUCAAAUAUGUAAAUUUUUUGUUCAUAGUUUUACAUCGGAAUUGAGUUUGUAGACAUUCCUAGAGGUUUUUGAGAAACAAGUAUCUGUUGUCACUCUGUGGUAUUGUAAAAUGAAUAAUUUGAGUAUGUCUCCAUUUCAAUAAGCUUAUUAAAUUGAGUCACAUUUGAUUUGUUUUUUU